CCCCAUAUCGAGUUGGCCGUGGGACGCCGUUCAGUUGAGUUUUGGUUACUGCCGCCAACGGUUAUCGAGCUGAAAGUGAGCGCGUGUCGAGCUUUUUUGGUGCCCAGUUGUUUGGGCCAGCUUCGUGGGCGACUGGAUUGGCAGCAAGCAUAAACAAACGAAGUGCGAAAUUGCUCGGAAAUCAGCUAAUUGACACUACGGACAUGCGACGGCCAGACUUUGGCCAAAUUUGGCCUGGCCAAAAGGAAGCGGAAGCACUGCGGCCGCAAAAUACAUUGUAAACUGCUAACUGCUAAACUGCAGGGGAAGUGUAGCGAAUAGUGUGCGAAUGGAAGUCGAGUAAAAAUCAAGCAACUCGAAUAGAUAUAUAUACAUAUAUAUCUUUAUAUCCCUGCGGGAGUCGCUCCCCCGUGUGUGUGUCGGUGUGCAUUUGUGUGUGUGUGCCAGGAGUUGGGCUGGGCAAAUAAGUGCUCGUGCUCUGGUUUUUUAGCCAGUUUAUCUUAAGGCGAAAUACUGUAAAAAAUUGUAAAAUGGAUUUACGUUUCGUAUUCAUCGUUUUCCUGCUCAAGUGGACCCAUGCACAAGGAUCCCAUCCGCCGCGGAUAGUGGAGCAUCCCAUAGAUACGACAGUGCCGCGACACGAGCCAGCCACGCUUAAUUGCAAAGCCGAGGGCAGCCCCACGCCCACCAUCCAGUGGUACAAGGAUGGGGUGCCCCUGAAGAUCCUGCCGGGCUCCCACCGCAUCACCCUGCCAGCCGGCGGAUUGUUUUUCCUCAAGGUUGUCAAUUCACGUCGCGAAACAGAUGCGGGCAUCUACUGGUGCGAGGCGAAGAACGAACUGGGCGUGGCAAGGAGUCGGAACGCCACGUUGCAAGUGGCGGUUCUCCGCGAUGAGUUCCGCCUGGAGCCGCAGAACACACGGAUCGCCCAGGGCGAUACCGCCCUCCUCGAGUGCGCCGCCCCUCGGGGAAUCCCCGAGCCUACAGUCACCUGGAAGAAGGGCGGCCAGAAAUUGGAUUUGGAGGGCUCGAAGCGAGUACGCAUCGUUGACGGCGGCAAUUUGGCCAUCCAGGAUGCCCGCCAGACUGACGAGGGUCAGUACCAGUGCAUAGCCAAGAAUCCUGUCGGGGUGCGCGAGUCCUCGCUGGCCACACUCAAAGUGCACGUCAAGCCGUACAUCAUCCGGGGUCCGCACGAUCAAACGGUUUUGGAGGGUGCCUCGGUGACCUUUCCCUGUCGAGUGGGUGGUGACCCCAUGCCGGACGUACUGUGGCUGCGCACUGCCUCGGGUGGCAACAUGCCACUGGAUCGCGUGAGUGUCCUGGAGGAUCGCAGUCUGAGACUGGAGAGGGUCACCAUUGCGGAUGAAGGCGAGUACAGUUGCGAGGCGGAUAAUGUUGUGGGUGCCAUCACCGCGAUGGGAACUUUGACUGUUUACGCCCCCCCGAAAUUCAUCCAACGUCCAGCGAGCAAGUCCGUGGAACUCGGCGCCGACACGUCCUUCGAGUGUCGAGCUAUAGGAAACCCAAAGCCCACCAUCUUCUGGACCAUCAAGAACAACAGCACGCUGAUAUUUCCGGGAGCCCCGCCCUUGGAUCGCUUUCACAGCCUCAACACCGAGGAAGGGCACUCGAUACUCACGUUGACCAGGUUCCAAAGAACGGACAAGGAUCUGGUCAUCCUGUGCAACGCCAUGAACGAGGUGGCCAGCAUUACCUCACGGGUGCAGCUGAGCCUGGACUCACAAGAGGACCGACCACCGCCGAUCAUAAUCUCCGGUCCGGUUAAUCAAACCCUACCCAUCAAGUCCCUGGCCACACUCCAGUGCAAGGCCAUCGGUCUGCCCAGUCCCACUAUUUCCUGGUAUCGCGAUGGAAUACCAGUGCAACCCAGUUCCAAGCUGAACAUUACCACGUCUGGGGACUUGAUCAUAUCGGACCUCGAUCGCCAACAGGAUCAAGGCCUAUACACCUGCGUGGCCAGCUCGCGGGCAGGGAAGUCCACUUGGAGUGGUUUCCUCCGGAUAGAGUUGCCCACCAAUCCGAAUAUUAAGUUCUACAGAGCCCCGGAGCAGACUAAGUGUCCCAGUGCCCCGGGCCAACCGAAAAUUCUGAACGCCACUGCCUCGGCACUGACCAUUGUUUGGCCCACCAGUGACAAGGCGGGUGCAUCGUCGUUCCUGGGCUAUAGUGUGGAGAUGUACUGCACCAAUCAGAGCAGGACUUGGAUACCCAUUGCAUCGCGUUUGAGUGAGCCGAUUUUCACGGUAGAGAGUUUGACACAGGGAGCGGCGUACAUGUUCAUUGUUCGAGCGGAAAACUCCCUGGGCUUCUCACCACCCUCCCCCAUCUCGGAACCCAUUACGGCGGGAAAACUUGUGGGCGUGCGGGAUGGUAGUGAAAGCACCGGGACCUCACAGCUCCUCCUCAGCGAUGUGGAGACCCUGCUGCAGGCCAACGAUGUAGUGGAGCUACUGGAGGCCAAUGCCAGUGAUUCGACGACCGCUCGACUGUCUUGGGACAUAGACAGUGGUCAGUACAUCGAGGGCUUCUAUCUGUACGCCCGGGAGCUGCACUCCUCCGAGUACAAAAUGGUUACACUGCUCAACAAGGGUCAGGGCCUGAGCUCCUGCACGGUGCCUGGACUGGCGAAGGCCUCCACGUACGAGUUUUUUCUUGUGCCAUUUUACAAGAGCAUCGUAGGCAAGCCCUCGAACUCGCGACGCAUGAGAACUUUGGAAGAUGUUCCGGAGGCGCCGCCUUAUGGCAUGGAAGCCAUCCAAUUCAAUCGCACCUCGGUCUUCUUGAAGUGGCUACCUCCACAACCAAAUCGGACUCGCAACGGCAUCCUCACCAGCUACAAUGUGGUCGUCAAAGGCCUGGACGUGCACAAUACGACGCGGAUAUUCAAAAAUAUGACCAUAGACGCGGCCACGCCCACCCUGCUCCUGGCCAACCUCACCACAGGAGUCACCUACUAUAUCGCAGUGGCGGCUGCCACGCGGGUGGGAGUCGGGCCCUUCAGCAAGCCCGCCGUGCUCCGCAUCGAUGCACGCACCCAAUCCCUGGACACUGGCUACACGAGAUACCCCAUCAGUCGUGAUAUUGCCGAUGACUUUUUAACGCAGACCUGGUUUAUCGUCCUGCUGGGCUCCAUCAUUGCCAUAAUUGUGUUUCUAUUGGGCGCAUUGGUUCUAUUCAAGCGCUACCAAUUUAUCAAGCAGACCUCGCUGGGCAGUUUACAUGGCAAUCACGCAAUCGGAACCGUGCGAAAGUUUCCAACAUUGCCGCUAAAUGGAGGCGGAGCCGUCGGUGCCGGUGGCUCAAAUUCGACAGCCGCAGCUGGGCAGGGUGGGCAUGGCCUGUGGAUCGAUCCCACCAGCGGCGUUUGGCGACAGGCAGCGGGCGGCGGCAAUCCUGGCGGAGUGGGCUCGUGUUCGACAAAGGAGCAACUUCCGGGAUACGCACAGGCCACCGCCCAACAAGGACAACAGCCCACGCUGCUCCCCGAUUACGAGAGACUAUCGCCGCUGAAUAUGCCCGAUUACGCGGAAGUCGCCUGCUCGACAUUCAAAAGCCCCACCCAUGGAGCACCACCGAUGGGUGGUGGUGGCCAGUCGGCCUCCCUGUACGACAGCUGUGGGGCAUACGCCACCACCAAUGUGGUGGCCAAUGUGAAGCUCUACCAGAACCGCUAUGCGACAAAGCCGAGCCAGAACAGCGGCAGCAAUAACAACAAUCACCAGGGCAAUGACUACCAGUCGACCGGGAUGUACUCCGCUCCACCGAGCGCCCACUACGGAUGCCUGGAGCCGAAGCAGCAGCAGCAGCAGCAGCCCAAUCUGAUGACCACCUCCACGGCCAGCACGGCCAUCCUGACGAACUCGCCGGCCAAGGUGAAGAAGAUCAACAUAACCGAGAACAAAAUGGAUCAGCUGGAGGGCAAGCCGGAGCGGACGAACCCGUUCAACCAGCAGCAGCAGCUCCUCCUGGCCAGCAACGCCCUGAAGCAGGGACUGGGCGCCUACGCCAACACCACCUUGGCGGCCCAGAUGGCCAGUGGAGGUGGAGCGGGCACCUUGAGGCGCCAGCGGCAGCCCAAAACGCUUUACAAAAGCGAGAACAAUAUACUGGGCAAGUCUGGUCUGCGGCAGAACACCAUGAAUGCGAGUGUGGGUGCUCCCAGCAACGGGCAGAUGGACUUCCUGACCGGCGGGCCUCCGUCGGAGGGCGGAGACUUCUCCGGACUGGGCCUCUGCAACUCCACCAACCAGCUGCUCAACGACUGGGCCUCCAGUGCCUCGAUCGCAGCUCCCGGGGAUUAUCAUUUCGGCAGCAAGCAGCCCAGCAAGCAGCACCUCUACGUGAAGGCCAAGGACGGCACCUGGUCGGCCGUCAGCUCGGAUGCCUAUCAGUCCUUCAAGCACCAGCAGCAGCACCAUCCCUUCCUGGCAGGAUCAGGUGACAACACCAAGUCCCUAGCUAGUGUAAACAGCUUAGCUGGCGAUAGCAAAUUCCUGAGUAGUUUUGGCUCUAGUGCCAAUGUCUAGAGUCAACCUUUAAGCUUGGGUCAAUCGAAAAGUGCUCAAUAAGUUAGAGGAUUCUAGAGGAUUCCCAGAGGAUAAGUUGUAGGCGUAUAUCAGUUGGCAGGUGGAAGCUGGGUUGUGGAAUGUUGUGAGGGUUUGGUGGGGGUUGAACUUCUCUAAGAAAUGUGUAAUACCUUUCCUUUUAACUCCAGUAUAAUAUGAUUCCAGCUGAUCUAGCUAUCCCUAGAGCAAUAUAUAAACGCCAUAACCCUCAUUUACCCACCCAUAGCUCGAUUAGACUUCCACCAUCCGAUGAAAGUCCCCAAAUCAGAAUCAACAACGAAAUGUAUGUAAAGAGAUACAGAACACCCGAAGUAAUUGGCUUGUAAAUAUAACUCCCCUAACUAUAUCCUAUAUAUGUAAAACCUUAACCCUAAAGCAUUUAGAAUAUUGCAUUUGGAGCAAGCAAAAUAACUCUAAUUUACACAAGAAACCAGAAUCCAACCCAAAUAGCACAGACGUAGUUGAAGUAAGUACAGCGAUGGAAAUCUUUAAAAGUUUGCAGCAAACCAUUACGAACUUUUGCAGAAAGUGUUCCCACAGAUAAGGAAACCAAUGUUGAAGCCAAAAAAGAAGAAUACCCAACCCUAACGAAAAUAUUACUUAGAGUUACAUGAAAAGCACGAUGAAGUUAGUUGUGUGUGUUGAAAGUAUUGAAACUCACCUCCCGCAAAGCUAAAUAAAUGCUAAUAAUAAGGCUGUUAAAUGUAAAAUAUCAUAAACGAUUCAAGAAUGAAUGACUAAACCUACAUUUAAACCGUGUAAUUAAAGCAUUAAAAUGUAAUUAACUGACACUAGAUUUAGUUUGAAUAGCUAAAAUCGGAAAACCGACAAGAGAGAAAAGCGAAAGUGCAAGGAUUACAGCAAAUAGGGGGAUUUAGCUGGAAAAAGACAAAAUAAUUCAACUAAUCAAUUAAUUGAUAAAUUAUGCAAUGAGAAAACUAAAAAUAAAGAAAAAUAUAAAAGCAAUCAGUAUCUGACAAAGUACAGUGCGUUUCGUAUUGGUAGGAUCGGAUUGAUUCGUAAUUUAUUAUCUAAAUAGAUUAUUGGUAAGUAAUAUAUUUGGUAACAAGCUUGUAGCUUUGAUAACUGAUAGUCAAGGCCUUAUUUAGAUGGAAACUAGCCCUCCCAAUUAGAUAAUCUGCCCAUUUUAGUUGCAAAUCGCUUUCUACUUAGCUGCACCGCUAAUUUUUUGUGGGAAAACGCGCUCUAAUGUGUGCGCCAAUUUUCCAUUUCAGCAAGGACAAUUUGGCGGCGACACAGUUGUGCCUACAUGGUGCUGGACAAUUCGAUGGAUUUUGUGAUUUGAAUUCAUUCGCUCGCCGUGUUUGUGGGCGGAAAAUUCAGGUAAGCCAACUAUUCUGCGGCCUGCCCACAAAACUUUUCACUGAUUUUCGAGUAGAGUUGCAUUUCCCCCGCCGACCGACCAGCUAAUUAAUUAUGCACUUUGCCCACCAGACCCAAAUCCCAAUUUGUCCUACAAAAUCAUUAAUGCAGGGCUCCCUAAUGAGGCAUUGUCCUUUUUCGCCGAAACCCAUGCAUUUCAAUAAAACAUUUGCAAUUGCGAAUUCACGAUAAACAGAAUUAUUUUAGAUUGCCGUCUCGCUUUGUUUGCCAUUGAUUUUUUAUUGCUCGUUUUUGAAUUGCCAGCUUUGUUGCAAAUUGUUGCUGACAGUUUAUGAUGUCUGUUUUUGUUGUCCAUGGACCAGCGCUUUGAAAUUAAAACCAAACGAGGCUUUAAAAAAAUAAUGCACUCAUGUUUGCAUGGGAAGAAGUCAAAUGAAAUGAAUAUCAAUUUGAUUAAAUGAAGCGUAAUGUUUUUCAACUUUUUAUCGCCAUGGCGCGGUGAAGUGCAGAGUACAGCCUAAAAUUCUGCUAAUGAGUAGUAAAAUAAUCUAUAAUUUAUUUCAUUUAAAAUAUUUUAAGUAAUUGUUUUAAACAGUAAUUCCUACUGCUCGUAGCUUUAGUUUGGCUAGCGUCCUUGAAGAGCUACCCAAUCCCCAGUUGCUUCACAUUUCCCUGGGAAAGUCGGAUCUUUAACUGCACUGCCGGCUUAUUACCCUUGGAUGAACUUUAAGCUUUUGCCGCUCGAGCAGCACCAGCUGCACUGGAUGCCCAAAUGCCCAGGAUAAUGUAUCAGUGACCAGGCCCACACCAUUAGCUUCGACACCCCGAAUGGAUGCCCUCCAAUUUCUCCAAUUUCUCCGUUUCCCCAUAGCCCCACAUCCCCAUUUCCCGAUUUCCACAUCGCAACCCACGCACAUCGCAUCCCCAGCCAACUGGCCAGGCCUAAACUACAAAUAGCCUUGGUGUCCGAAACACUGGCUACCGAUUGCCAUUGCCACUGGCCAGCCGAUAAAUAAGCCCGAAUUUAUCAUGAGCACGGAGCACACAUUCUCCGGACUGUCCCAUAUAUUGUGGGACUAUUAUAGCAGUGGCAGCCUCAUAAUUUUUGGCACCAAAUUGCCCGAUAGGCGUUGAAGCGUUCAAUUGAAUGUCGUCUAGCCGAGGACCUUUCCUUGGACCAUGUCCAUCCACGCCCACUCAGCUCGCCCCGCCCAACUAUUGUAUAAUCAAAACUAAUGGUCUAUAAAGAAUCAAUUCUCAAUUUGUUUAGCCAGCUGCUGCCCGGUCCAAUCUGAGCCGAGGACACAAGCGAACAGGACAAUGACACAGGAUAAUGCUGCAAAACGCUCGCUUCCAUUGCGCCAACUAAAAGUUUUCACUUCCCUUCGAUUUUCCCCGCUUUUCCGGCCCCUUGUGUGUGUAACACAUGCGGCGAAUAAAAUUUAAAUGCAUUUUGUAAAUAGUUCCAUA